AUAUCACCCACAAAUAAGAACAUCAGAGGACUUCAUUAUCCACUUUUACUCUGUUUCUGACAUUUUCCAUGAUGUUGACAUAUACCUUUGGUGAGCAUCCCUCUUAUGUUUUAUGCUUUGUUUGAUUUACUAAACUGAAAUGUUGUUUAUCUGAUUACAUUCAUCAAGGAAUAUUGUAUUAUCUUAAUGUACUUAUGAGAGACUUCUUAUUCAAAAGGAACCCUUAAGUGGUGUUGUUCUGAUGUGUGAAGUCAGAGGUUUCUUUAUUGUCCAAAAAAAAAAAAAAGCCACUAAAUACAGCAUCUUUAGGUGAAUGUACUUUCAGGCAAUUGGAUGACUAAUAUGCUGUAAAAAUCUUUUGUGAAUACUGACAGGUUCACAGUUUUAAGGUUCUCAGGAUACAUGUGUAGAUCAUAGCAGUAGUGUGGAGUUCAUCUUGUUUUGUCCUUUUUGUGGCUUGAAUUGGAUUUUUAUUUGGCUUUAAGGGAUACACCAGAAGUCGGGGUAUUAGCCAUGGAGUCUCGUCAGAGUGAGAGCAGCACAGAAAGUGAAGAAAUAAAGAAAGAGGGGCACUUGGCCUCCGAGGCUAAAGUCCACUUCAAAGUGACACGGUUCAUCAUGGAGGCUGGUGUCAAGCUAGGGAUGCAAUCCAUUCCAAUUGCCACAGCUUGUACCAUUUACCAUAAAUUUUUCUGUGAGACCAAAUUAGAUGCAUAUGACCCUUACCUCAUAGCCAUGUCAGCCAUUUAUUUGGCCGGUAAAGUAGAGGAACAACAUCUCAGGACAAGAGACAUCAUCAAUGUCUCUCACAGGUAUUUAAAUCCCAAGAGUGAACCUCUAGAGUUAGACUCCUGGUUCUGGGAACUGAGGGAUAGCAUCGUUCAGUGUGAAUUACUUAGGUUGAGAGUUUUGCAUUUCCGAGUCUCCUUCCAGCAUCCCCACAAAUAUCUGCUCCACUACCUUAUUUCUUUAAAGAACUGGAUGAAUCGACACAGCUGGGAGAGGACUCCCGUCUCCCUAGCAGCCUGGGCCCUACUGCGGGACAGUUAUCAUGGAGCAUUGUGCCUGCAGUACCCUGCCCAGCACAUAGCAGUAGCAGUGCUCUAUCUCGCUUUGCAGUGCUACGGAGUGGAGGUGCCUGCCGAUUCUGAGGCAGAAAAGCCCUGGUGGCAGGUCUUCAGUGAAGACCUUACCAAGCCAGUCAUUGAUAACAUUGUAUCUGACCUGAUUCAGAUUUACACAAUGGAUACAGAAAUCCCUUAAUUGCUCUAGGACCAUCCAAGGAGAAGCAAAGCUUUGCUUUGUCUGAGAACUGGAUUUGA